CUGUGUCUUAAUGUGGUCAGUGAAUCAUAGUGUUAUGUAAACAUUGUAGUGGGAAAUGUCGAUCAAUGCUGGGUCACUGAUAGGCAGAAGGUUAUCAGCCAUUGUGAAUACCGGAGGCUUUUUGGUGGUUUUCGUUUUAAUUUAAGUGUCUUCAGUUGAAAUUUGGAUAUUUUGUGUAGUUUUGAUUUCAUUUUAUCUUGGAUUAUUUAUAUUCGUUUUGAACAGAUUGUCAUCGAUCUGUAGACUGCCAAUAUGGGACUUUUAUCUGGAAUAUUUUUUAGCGUGACGCUGGCUCUUGUCGUCUCGGACCGAGCUUUUGCCCAGACAACCUCUGAACGACAGGUUAAUGGCGUUGUAAUGAUUUACCCUGUGUUGCUGCCUCCUCAUAUAGUGAUGAACGAACCAGAGGUCAUCAUUAAGGGAGAUACCACAUUUUCAUUGAAAUGUGUCGGCACGGGUGUGCCGAGUCCACGUGUGGAGUGGAUAAAAUUGGAUGGAACAUUGCUCGCCGAUAGGAACGAGAAUGGUGUCCUAGUGUUCGAUGGUUUCGGACGCAAACAGGUUGGCAAAUACCAGUGCAAGGCAAGCAGUGGCUAUGGAACAGUUGCGUCCAAUUAUGUUUAUCUGAAAUAUGCAUUCCUGGGAAAUUUCCAAGAAAUCCAAGAUGUGACGCCGAUGACAGUUGUCGAGGGUGCCGCCCUGACUCUACCCUGCCGUACCGCGGCAGGCAUGGUUUUCAGCGUGCCAGAUCCGGUCUGGACCUGGGUCACACAGGACACGUUAGAGCCAACUAAUCCGCAGCAGAAACGGGUCAAUCUUGAUUCGCGUGUUUCUGUCGAUAAAGACGGUAAUCUAAAGUUCGCAUACGUCACUGAAACCGACCAUCAGGAUGGGUGGUUCUACUUAUGCGAGGCGUGGAACAGCAACUUGAAUUAUAAAAAGUUGGGUAGCCCGAACAAAAUAAACGUUCAGCCAAGACCAAAUGCACCCAAGACGGCACCGGAGAUCAGCUAUACGAACGCCGAUUUGGGUACGAACAAGGUCAAGGUCGUUGAAGGCGAACUGCUAAACUUGUACUGUAUCUUCAAGGGAUAUCCCACCCCCUCCAUUACUUGGUCCAAAGCUGGCGGUCUGCCCGUGAGUGUUCAGUCGAACGGCAACACGAGAAUGUUGAUGGAACAUGUCAAGCAUAACAACAUGUACAAUGGCAUUUAUACCUGCAAAGGCACUAACAGUGAGGGCACCACUGAGCAGAACUAUGAUGUGGAAGUGCUGAUGAAACCCAAGUUUGUGGAAGGACCCAAUAUGGUGAAGAACACGAAUGUGACCGAGGGUGGCGAUGUGGAAUUCAUCUGUGAUGUCGUUGCUAAACCAGAUGCCACAAUCAAGUGGAGAGUCAACAACAUAGAAGUCCCUGAUGGAGACAAAUCGGAACCAAGAAGGACAGUCUCCGGCAACCGAUUCAAGAUGAGUAACCUCCAGAAAGGAAACGAUAACUCGCAUUCCGAUCUCCAGGUGGUGACGUGCCAAGCAACAAACAUGGACGGCAAAACAGAAAUAGGCACAAGGUUUUCAUCUGGUUAUAUCAACGUUGUCUUACCCCUUGCAAUGGUCUCCGGCCCUGAUGACUACACCAUCAAGAGCAUGAACGACCAGAUCGUCCUAAAAUGUGUCACGAAGAGUGACGCCAGUAAACCCCCGAAGAUCACGUGGUUCCGUGACGGUAUCAAACUCAACCCAAUCGUCGAUGUCCUCAUCUACCAAGAAGACAACUCUCUAAAGAUCAUCGCGAGUGAAUUCGAGCGCGUCGGUGACAUCACUGGCGAGUACAUGUGCCAGGCGACGACCCAGGCUCCAGCACAGAUGGUUCAGGUCGCGUGCAAUGUGACAGCUGACGCAGGUGGUGUCGUUGCUCCUGUCACGACUGCUGCGAUCAGUUUGUGGUGGAUUGCCAUUAUCAUUGUCAUCCUUCUGAUCUUAAUCAUCAUCAUUCUGAUCUGCUGCUGUAUCAAGAGGAACCGGGGAGAAUCGUACCCAGUUGACGAAGUCGAACGUAAAAUGGGUAACGAUCCCGAGAAGGAUCUACAGGACAGUGGUUUCCAUGACUACCAGAGACCCGCUGAUGAUGUUCAAGCUUUGUUAAGUGACAAAAAACCUACGCAGAGAGAGAGGGACCCAAUUGGUGGAAGCCGGGCAUCGUUGGACAGUAGUAUCAAACCCAUAGACAGUGAUGAUGACAAUGACUCGAUGGCGGAAUAUGGCGACAUCGACACCGGCAAAUUUAACGAGGACGGAUCUUUUAUCGGCCAGUAUGGAACUGACAGGAAGAAGAAGGAAGCCCCACCACCAUAUUCGUCAGUUUAAAUUUCGAUUGUAUUUCGAAAGAAGUCUUUUGGUUUUAAAAAAUCUGAAAUCAAAGUCAAAAGUUUCAACAGGUUUGUGCUAGGCUGUUGUUAAAGGGACUAUGUAUGCUGCGUUAAAGGGACUAUGUUGUAACCAUUGUUAAUUCUGAGGGAUUGUGAAUGGUGUUAAAGGGACUAUGAUGCUGCGAUCGUCAUUGGUUGUUGUUUAGCCUGACGUCUGCCUCUAAGAACGCGCUGUAGAUUUUACACCAGAUAGGCUAGGUUAUACUUGCGAUUGUUAGUUAGGGAUGGUCACCUGACUGCUAGUGGCACCUGGUGGGCAAAUAUAUCACCGUUAUCUAUCCGAGCUAACCUGUUAUUUGAGUGUUUGUUUAUAUUUUGAAAGGUCAAAGGGUCUUGUUAAACGCGUUCUAAAAUUUCUUUGAUCAACAAGCAGAAAAUUUAAUCCAAGAGUUUAGUUGUUUUGCGCCUUUUGGUACUUUAAGAUGCCCCGGUCGUUAAAGGAUGACCCGUCUCAUAAUUUACUAGUCAGUUCUGGACAAUCAUUCGGAUUCAAAUAAUUUAAGAGAAAAGCAUUGAAUUUUCUGAAACAUGCAUUGAAAAUAUGAAAAACCUCACUCCUAGAUGAUGUUAAGACAAUUUGGCGACUGCCCAUUAGGUUGAGGUGAAUGAGCACUUUAAGUAAAAAUGUUUGAUUAUGAUUAUUGAUAUUUGUCAAUAAUAAUAAAUCAAUUAUGAAAUAACACUUUCAUACAAUUGGUCAAAUCUAUGCACAAAUAAGAUCAAAACUUGUAUCAGGCGAGAAAAUAUCACUUCCGCCCUUUCAUAUGCAUGUCUUCGUAGAAUACACCCAACUGACCAACGUCAUGUUCUGUUUGUGGAAAAUGGUUAAAAGUUUGGGGACAAAGUCCCCCAUGUCAUUUCGUGUACAUAUUUUAGUAGCAUAACAUGCCACCAGGUGGUACUUUGAAAAUUAGCGUAUGGCACAGCAAAGAUCGUAGACCCCAGCUUCAUGAGAUUAUGAUGUAGUUCACUAACGCAAAGCUAGGUGGCGCUAAGAGGCACUGAGAUAAUGGAACUGAUGUGAAUUUUCACUUUUUGGGAUUUUUUUGGAAACACUGUAUUUUGAAUUCUUAGUGAAUUAGCUGUCUCAGUGUCUUGGCUAAUGGCUCACUUUCUGUUUUCCGUGAGCUUUACCAUGCAAAGUGUCUCAAAACAUGUCCCAUUUAAACACUUUUUUUCAACACCUAGUACAAUCUAUACACGGUCCACUGCUUGUCUGAUCAAUGAUUAAUCAUGUUAAAAGUUAUUUCCGAGAUUUAUUUUUUGAAAAUUUGGGAAAUUAAGUAAAAAGGUGAGCAAUUUUAGACGAGGUACUUCGCGUAAGCUUGUCUUGUGUGGGUAGUUUUCAAAGGGGUUAAAGAUUUGCGUCGCUGUCUAAGAAAUUUCUGCUGGUAGAAGUUGUUGGUUGUUACCGUAACUGGAGCAAUGUCCGCUCCUCUAGUUAAAGAUGUGUCCUGUAGGUGUCUCUGCUGUUGUAUAGAAUACGUGUGAGCAAGACCAAGUUUUUGCUUUUGUCGACAGUUCUCCGAAAGUGGGAAACUCCGCUUAUAAGCCAAGUUCAAUCCAGACAUACUGGAUUUGUCCUCAUUUUCGUUGACUUGAGCAUAUAUGUCAAGUUGAUCAGGGUGACUCAAAAUUUUACAUGAAAAACUUCAAAAUUUGCAUUUGACCAGAUUUCAAAGUUCAUCUCAAUUAAGAGUGCACUAGAAUUGCCAGAACUCUUUAUAGUAAUGUAUUUUACAUUACAUCGGUAAUGUAUAAUCAUGUAAUAUGAUUUACAUUAUAAUCGGUAAUGUAGAGUUAUUCUGAUGAACUUGACAGGACAAUACUUUGAAUAUUUUUUACAUGUUCGUGUGUUAAAUAGGUGUACAAACCAAGAUGUCACUGCACUGUAUAUAGUUUCAAUGUCGCUUUCCUCGUAUAAGGCGCUUUAUGACCAUUGUCAAAUGUAAAUGCGGAGAUACAUAGGCUUAUUAGUUUAAUUAUGACGAAAUAAUCACAUUUUUAUGCAUUUAAUCUGCUUGGUGUAGGCAUGGGUUUGAAAGGGUUGAUUUACUUGUACUAUACAUGAAGUCUCAAGAUCAAAUAAGAGAGCAUCUCAAAAUACGGUAGGUUUAAGCGCGAACUCUCGAGACCUGGGUUCCAGUUUAAGCUCAGAAAGAAGGAAAUUUCUGGCCUUUCUUUGACCCCCCAUCAAAGACUAAAAACAGGAAGAUGUAGCCUCAUUCGCAGAUUUAUUCAGGUUUAUAAUAAGUAAAUAAGUGUGUCAUUUAUAUAGCGCUUCCCAGAACGUUUCAGCUGUUAAAGCGCUUACAGCUGAUUUUUACCGAUAAUGUCCAUUGAACAGCCAAGUCUUCAAAUGCAUUCGAAAAGUGUCUUGAUCCUCAAUCGCCUUUAUGUCAUUGGGAAGUUUAUUCCAUAAUCGCGCAGAGGACACUGAAAAACUUCGAUCACCAAAGAUUGUUCUUGUUCUUUUUACGGCCAGGUUUCUUGAACUUACAUCCAUAGAACGUGUGUGACGAGUAAUAUCCUGAUGUUUCACAAGCUGUUCUAGGUAAACGGGUGCCCUUCCAUGCAAGAUCUUGUGUGUCAGAUUGAUAAUUUUAUACUCGAUGCGCAAGGCCACUGGCAACCAAUGAAGGUCUUUCAAGUUUAGACAUUGAUAUCCAUCUGUUUCCACAGGAUUAGAAGCAAUCGCAAAAGUACCGGUUUAGGUACAGACAAACGGAAUCGUCUGGCAAAAGUCAAAGUUGAUAACGAUAUGUGUUAGUCUUUCAACCUGUCCAACCCAUGCCUGCACACCGCUCAGAUUUCAACUUCGCUAUUUUUAGACUUACUAAACUUUAUGGGGCAAUAGUGUUAACCGUAAAAUAUUUAGACUAACGUAGUAGAUAUAUAGAUAUUCAAGCGAAAUUUGCCAUUAUAAGCUAUGUGUACUUGAUGUAGCUUUGAAUAUAAAUUCGGUGUAAAUUUUGGCAAAUUUGGGUUGGAACAUGUUAGUUUUUAGUGCCAUUGAUAGACGUCAGCAAGUUAAAUUUCAUAUCUACGCACCAUUCGCUUAGACAUUAUGUGUAACCAUAGUAACGGGUACUUUGCCCAUUUUUUGUGUGGGUUGUUUCGACUUUUUACUCGCGGGGAAAAUGUGGCGAAGAAUUUGCAUCAUUUCAUAACUACAUUUCAGCUGAAUUCAUGCUUGUCGCAUUUCUCGUAGAUGGGCGGGAACAAUUGGAUGAAAUUGACUCGAAUAAUACUCUGUUUGGCAUAGAGUGCUAUAAUGAUAUUCCAAGAUAUUGCUGCCAACCUUGAUGUCUGUUUUGACUUUUCCCGCCUACAGUCCAAGUCAAAAUUGACAUCCUUUCUGCUUAGCGUCUACACAUAAGUUACACGCGAGUUGUGUGCGCCAAUGAAGGGCCUAUCUCUAUAUGUUUGACAAAGGUUGCAGGUUUACUUACGUGGCGCACCACUGACGCGAUUUAAGGGAUGUCAAAUGUGACUUGGACUGUAUUUUGCACACUUUGUACAUAAGGGCUCUAUCAAUGUGUAUAAUCAAGUUGUUUAGUAUAUACGUCUAAUUCUCAUAGCGAUUUUUGUAUGAAAAGUCCAGGUUAACAAUAGUGCCCUACGUGUAUAUAAUGUGAUAUAUUUAUUACAAGAUGUCGGCGCCGUACACGUCGCUAGGCGUUAACCGGACGCGCCAGAAAAAUAACGGGCGGGAAAAGAUGGUCCUGAUAAGUACCCUCUUUUCUCACCUGGGUCAAUGUUCAUUUUAUGCCUCCUUGUAGCGGAGAAAUUGUUCACGCGGAAAACUAAGUAACCUGUUUAUUUGUGUUGGUGGCACUUUGGCGAAAAAUGUUUCGAAUUUUCGGAAACCUCGUAUCGAGCGAAUCAGAAUGUGUGUUGGUUAUAGCCUGAAUAAAACGUGAAUAAGUUCGGAUAGAGUGUUUUGUAAUGGAUAACAUUGUCAAAGAGCUUUAUAUUUACUCAUCAGCAGAACCCAGAAACCUUCCUAUCUGUAGUACGAAGCAAGGAGCGCACAUCUGGCGUAACUCUUGGCUGUUUCAGGCAUUGAGCCUGUCUCUCACUUAUAAGUAAAUCCCUUUCAUAUUAGGGCUAUUUCUUACAAAUGAAGCCAGCCCUGAGGUGAGGUCAGUCCCUCACAGAUAAAAGCUAUUCCGCGCAAAUAAUGGCUAUUCGUCACAAAUGAAGACUAUUCCUCACAAAUAAUGGAUAUUUCUCACAAAUAAGGCUAUUCUUCACAAAUGAUGGCUAUUCCUCAAAAAUAAGGGCUAUUCCUCACAAAUGAUGGCUAUUCCUCACGAAUAAUGGCUAUUCCUUACAAAUAAUGGCUAUUCGUAUAAACAAAUAAUGGCUAUUCCUAACAAGUAAUGGCUAUUCCUCACAAAUAUUGGCUAUUCUCCUCAUAUAUAUGGCUAUUCCUCAUAUAUAAGGCUAUUCCUCACAAAUAAUGACUAUUCCUCACAAAUAAUGGCUAUUCCUCACAAAUAAUGGCUAUUCCUCACAAAUAAUGGCUAUUCCUCACAAAUAAUGGCUUAUCCUAACAAAUAAUGGCUAUUCCUAAUAAAUAAGAGCUUUUCCUAACAAAUAAGGGCUAUUCCUCACAAAUGAUGGCUAUUCCUCAUAAAUAAGGCUAUUCUUCACAAAUAAAGGCUAUUCCUCACAAAUAAGGGCUAUUCCUCACAAACGAUGGCUAUUCCUCGCAAAUAACAGCUCGUAAUCCUCGUAACAGUGUCUGUUCCAGAGUAUUGUUUGUGUUCUGUCAAGUUUCUGAAUCUUUCUCGGGUGGCGCUGCAGAGACGACCAAUUCUAGUCUGAAUUUUGAUCAUUUGUUAUGGGGAGUCUUGCAAAGCGCUGCCUAUCUUUCAUUCCAAAUACUCGCAAUUCCGCAUUUCUGUCAUAAAACUUUUUCAAAGGUCUAUUUUCACUAUACCGUCUACUGGUACUGUAUGUGUUGUGCACAAUAGACUUGUUUUUUUUCGAUUCACCCUGAUUUGGCACUCAUCUGUGUGCUUAAAAUCGCAAUGUCCUGUGAAUAUGUACAAGGAAAGUCGACUUAUUUAACCUGGAAUCUAAAUGUGUAUUACACUGUGCGUCUGCUGGCUAUCUAUACUCGGCUUUAAACAUGCACUUGUUGUUUUGAUCUGUAAGAAAGCAAAGCUAAAUCGUUGUAAUAAUUAUAUGAAAAAUUCUGCCACAGAUAUUCACCCUCUCACCCCUUUUCAUAAUGGACUUGACCAAUCAUGCAUUUUAUUAACUUAGGCCAGUCCAUUGUCUACUAUAACUUAGGGGUGGUAGUUAGAUUUCCAUUUAACCCAGCAAAACUGUGUCAUCAGUG